CAAAAAUCUGAGGAAGAUAGAAAGAAGUUUCACUUUCAACUGGAACUGCACAAGACAAAGGAGCUGAAAAGCAGAGUUUCUUUCAAAGCAGAGCAGAGGGCAAUUCCUGUAGAGGUUGCAGUUGAAGCUAGCUGAUCCAUUUGAUUGUUUUAUAUAUAGCAGGCAUUACAAUGGAAGCCACAUGUUUGCCUGAUGUCAACAUGCACAAACACAGAAGCGCUUCAAAUGUGGUGGAUAUACUAGACUGGUCAAUGUGCAUUUUCUGCCAGACAUGGAUUUCAUUGAGCCUAUCCUAGGCGUUGCUCAGGAGCUGUACUCGCUCUGCUGUGAGGUGAAGGCUAACCGCAGUCGCUGCAGGCGGCUGGCCUCCCGGGUCCAGGCUCUGAUGGGUACAGUGAAGACUAUCCAGACUCAGGGGCCCGAGGGUCAGCCGGCGGUGGUGCACAGGGGCCUGCGAGAGCUGAAGGGCACCCUGGACUCGGCGCGGGAGGUGGUGAAGAAGUAUUGCUUCAUGAAUAAAGUGCAGAGGUUCAUUGAGGGGCACGGCCUGGGUGAAGACUUUAACCUGCUGAACGAGCGGCUGAACGACGCUGUCAAUGACCUCUCACUCGCCCUGCACUCCGACGAGAAGGAGCGGCUCCAGAAGAUCUUCAGAGUGCUGACCCGGGCACAAGAGGACAGGGAAGACUGUGAGCAGGACAGGAGGGACAUGGAGACAUUGCUCUCUCAGCAGCUGCAGAUACAUGAGAAGGUGGAGACUGUGAGGGAGACUGUGGACUCUACCUGGGGGCAUGUGAAGGAAAUCAAGAGCAUGCUGAACUCCAUGAAUGAGCGGAGCCCCCAGCUGCCAGACAUCAGGGAGAUCAAGAUUGAGGAGCUAAAGUACAACAGCGAGCCCUUUACGAAGACCAACAACUCGGAGGUGUACAAGGGAGAAUACAACAAGUUCACUGUCGCCAUCAAAAGAUUCACCUACCAAAUGAGCACUACCGCAGAUGAGGUCCGGAGAGUUUUUGAAAAGGAGGUCGGAACAAUGAGACGAUUCGAGUCCCCUAACAUUCUGAGGAUGUAUGGAAUCUGUGUUCUGAAAGAGAAUGGCCCUGUCCCAGAUUUCCUGAUCGUGAUGGAGUACUGUAAGCACGGCUGUCUGCGGCAGGUUCUGGACGGGAAGCAGGAGCUGUCGUGGCAGACGAGGAUACAGAUCUGCCUGGACGCGGCACAGGGACUGUACAGACUGCACCAAUCGGAGAAAAAGUUUAAAGUCCAUGGCUGUAUUAACAGCAACAAGUUCCUUGUUGAUUCUGGGUUCAGGGUGAAGCUGGGAGGGUUUGAGCUGGCGAUGACCGAGACCUCUCUGAGGAAGAACAAAGACAAGAAAAACCACACGCUGUGCUACUGCUCCCCUCAGCAGCUGGAUAACAUCAACCAUCAAUAUGACAAAGCCUGCGAGGUCUACAGUUUUGGUAUUGUCCUGUGGGAAGUGGCCACCAGGAAGAUCCCUUUCGAAAGCUUGACACCCAAACAGAUUCAUCAGCAGGUCUGCAUAGAGAAGUUCAAAGAGCCCCUCCCUCAGGACUGCCCUCCUGAACUGGCCAAGGUGAUUGACGCUUGCCGCUCUUUCGAUCCCUUCCAGCGGCCCACUGCGGGAGCACUGGUGGAUGAUCUACGAAAAACUGUGGAGGAGGACUGCUCGCCCAUAUCAUAGAGACCAGCUUGUGGGAAUCCCAUGAUGGUGUGAAUCCAAUCUUCAUAAAAACAGAACAUACCGGCACUACUUCCACUUCUCUAAACUGUUUUAAUUGUCGAAGUGCAGCCAAGAUACAAACAGGAAAGCAAUAUUUUCAUGCUGCAAUGAACUGCCAUCUCUGCCCAUUAGAUUGAAUAGAAAGGUAAGGGCUGGACACGAACGAACGUCUUGCCAUGUAACUGAAGAGCAAGCUCUGUAGUCGAGAAGCAAGUGUCUUAUGCUGAUGUCAGUAUUAUGAACUCUUUACCCACUAGUACUAUUCUCCCCCCACCCAACUUGAUCAAAGCUCCUCCUUGAACAUCUCCACCUCGACUCAGCAAGUUUCACCAUUGAAGGGGAGGGGCCAAUUCCCCCCCCCCCCCCAGGAGAAAUGACCAAUGAAGUGCAAUACUAUCUGCUCACUGGCCCUCCCCCAGGAUCUGGAGCGACUACAGAAUCAUGUGUCUCACUAGCCAGCAUACAUGCUAUAGCUUAUAUAAUCAUGCAAUAAACAGGGGUCACGAUUUUCCCCACUGCAAUUUUAAAGUAUAGUGCAGAAACAGCAAAGUGUAACGAACCCGUACGUUCACAAAUAGAGCACCAGACAUUAUCAAACGCACAAUUUAUUAAUAUUGGCUACUAAUAGUGACAACGAUUCGACUCACAUAUUAGUGAGCAGGAGCAGAGUUUGGGAGGAGCUUGUAAAAAUUCCAUGCAGGCAGCUAUUGACACUGAAAACUGAUCAAUAAAUAUAUUUUGUGACUAUUGGGCACUCACUCAGUUUUGCUGCAUUUUGCCUGUACCUUUUACCAGAGACUGCUGCCUUUGCAGGCCUUCUGAACUUACUGGCAAUCUUUUAAUUGUUUACGUCAAACCAAAGCUCACUCAGCAUAUUCUAUAUGGCUCAAAUGCCAUCAAGUGGGCAGUCUUGUUCAGUUUAUUGGAGGGUAGUGUACAUUGAUAAACCUUUUGCAAACUCUUAGUGUGUGAAACCCUGCCUAACAAAAAACACAAACUGCAAUGUUGCUCCAUUAAAGCCAUUGUAUUGUCAUUUUAAAACAUGAGCUCUGGUACUGCAUCAGGUUAAAGAAAGUUCUUAGUUUCAUGCCUUACUCUCAGGAUUUUUCUUUACAAGUAUGCUAUGCUUCCCAGGUUAUUUCACCUUCUGGGUCACAACAGGUUACUGGCUAAAAGCAUUAGUCUGUGGGGGAAGCAGCUGGUUGGAUAAUGAAAGGAAAGAAGCCUCCAGGGUAAAUGACCAAGGAAGUGCAACAUUAAUGUACAGUGGACAUUUUGUUUCAAACUGAAAGAACAGUAUAUUUAUAUAAAAUGACCUGGAAUGUUUUUAUAGAACUUACAUGGAGAUUUUCUAUGUUUUUUUUUAUUUUUUAUUGAUAAUAGCGCUCAUUUUUUAAUGUAUUAAUCCUUCGUUCUUGCUAAACAAAGGUGUUUGAGUCACAUCACGUCAAAUCAAGGAAAGUUGGUGUAAUAUGUUAAUAUAUUCAAUUACACACCACUUGGUAAUUUUCCAUAUACUUAACAAAAAACUGAAUAAUUGAAAAAUGUGACAUUUUGAAAUCUAACACUGUACUACUGUUAUAGACUUCUGCGAUAUCAUUUUGUAGUUUCUUUGACUACAUGUGGUUGAAUAAAAUAUCUAAAUUAAGUUCA